AUGGCAGUCAGGCGGGGCGCUCCCGUCGAAUUUUUCAACGACAACGGAACCUGUUUCGUUGGAGCAAACAAACAGCUACAGCAUGAGAUACAGUCCAGAAACGAAGCAUUGGCAACGACAUUCACAAACACGAAUACGCGUUGGAAAUUUAACACCCCAGAAGCACCCCACAUGGGAGGGGUCUGGGAGCGCUUGGUACGCUCGGUUAAGCAAGCUAUUGGCACGAUUAUCGAUGCACCCCGUAAACCGAACGAUGAAACGCUUAUGACAAUUCUUUCAGAUGCUGAGUCGAUGAUAAACUCGAGACCCCUGACUUACGUGCCCUUGGAAACCGCCGAUGAGGAAUCGCUGACUCCAAACCACUUCUUGCUUGGGAGUUCGUCAGGCGUGAAACAACCACCAUCGCAACUAGUAUACUAUCGCCCUACUCUUAGAAAUAGCUGGACUCUUGCUCAACACAUCACGGACACGUUUUGGAAAAGGUGGAUUAAAGAGUACUUGCCGGUCAUAAGGAGACGAGGUAAAUGGUUUGAAGAAGUUCGCGAGAUCCAAAAGGGCGACUUGGUGUUGAUGGUAAGCGGCGCGGUGCGAAAUCAGUACGUAAGAGCGAGAGUUGAAAAGGUAUUCCUGGGACGAGAUGGACGAGUUCGCCAGGCACAGGUGCGCACAGCAACAGGCGUAUAUAAACGGUCGGUGAAUAAGCUGGCAUUGCUCGACGUUUUACCGGAUUGUGAAGCCGCUGAGGACUCAUCAGGAGGUGCAGAUCAUCACCAGUCUUCACGGGUGGGGGAUUGUUACAACGAGCAAUCGAAGUCCCCUCGAACGACCGUUACUGAUAGCAACUGA